AUGAUCGCCGGCUGGGUCAUAGGACUUACAUCUCUCGUCGGCAACCUGACUGUCCUGAUACUACGUAUUCGCCAGGAGCAGCAGCUCACCGUCCAAACUCUCUUAAUCAUGAACUUAGCCGUGGCAGACUGUCUCACGGGUAUCUAUACGAUAAUCAUCACACCAGCAGAUAUCUAUUUCGGCAGUGUAAAGAGAUCAACCCAAUCUGUAGCGAAUGCUGCUUUACGUAAUCGAGAAAUCAAAGUUGCUAGAAAAAUGGCGUUUAUCGUUGGAACUGAUUUCGCCUGCUGGAUGCCCAUCAUAGUUAUGGGUAUUCUUACUCAAUCCGGUCUGGUUGUCCUACCGACAUCCCUGUAUGCUUGGAGUGUGAUAUUCAUCAUCCCUAUAAACUCAUCAAUUAAUCCUGUACUGUACACAAGUAUUCUACCUAGGAUCCUGGAGACCACGGUAUUGCUGAAACACCGCAAAAGCAUCACGCGCAUUACGUCACAAUCAACAGUUACUGACCAAACUACUAUCUUUUUAUCCUUCGUUGCAGGAAACGUCUGUUUAACACUUUGGUGUAACUUUGGAAUGAAUUCGCAAGGUACAUGUGUUCAGUAUGAAGUAGCGGAUCCCAUGCCUACAGUAUCGGCCUUGAAAUGUCUGUAA